AGUUUAGGUCGCGCCAUACACAUCGUCAGUUCGUCGUCGUGCCGGAAUGGUGUAGCAUAUAUCCCUCGAAAAAGAAAGCAAAGUAUCUAUUAUACAACCAUCUAUCGGAUCGCCAUCGCACCUACCAGUGUGUGCAUUUUUCGCCGGAUCGAAAGCCUUUACUGUGCGGAAUUGAAAAUCUAGUUAUCCUAGUUGGUCCCCGUAAUCCGUAACAACCCACUUAAGGUCAAGAUGAGCAUAUUCUCCGCUGUCGAAGUUGGACCCCCCGUGGAAGUGUUUGCGCUGAACCAGGCCUGCUUGAAGGAUCCCAACCCGAAUAAGGUCAACCUGGGAGUCGGAGCCUACCGUACAAACGAGGGCAAACCCUGGAUCCUUCCGGUCGUCAAAAAAGCCGAAGCGGCCAUCGUGGCCGAUGGUAGCCUCAACCACGAGUACCUCCCGGUGCUGGGAAUGGAUAGUGUGACCAACGCCGCCACCACCCUUCUACUCGGUGACGACUCCGAAGCCAUCAAGAGCAAACGUGCCUUCGGUGUCCAGUGCCUGUCGGGAACGGGAGCCCUGCGGGUCGGUGCCGAGUUCCUGUGUCGCAUCCUGAAGCGAACCACGUUCUACUACUCGUCGCCCACGUGGGAAAAUCACCACAAGGUGUUCGUGUACGCCGGAUUUGCCGAACCGCGCACCUAUCGCUACUGGCACCAGGACCGGCGCGGAAUCGACUUCGAGGGCAUGAUCGAAGAUCUGAAGGGGGCCCCCGAAGGUGCGGUCAUCAUUUUGCACGCUUGUGCGCACAAUCCCACCGGUGUGGAUCCCACGCAGGACCAGUGGAAGCAGAUUGCCGAUGUUUGCGAGGAGAAGAAGCUGUUCCCAUUCUUCGAUUCGGCUUAUCAGGGAUUCGCCAGCGGUGAUCCAAACAAGGAUGCCUUUGCCGUGCGCUACUUUGUGGAGCGGGGAUUCGAGUUGUUGUGCGCGCAGAGCUUCGCCAAGAACUUCGGGUUGUACAAUGAACGUAUUGGCAACCUGACCAUCGUACAGAAGGACGAGUCCACCAAGGCGGCCGUUGCCUCGCAGAUCACGCUGCUGAUCCGUGGAAUGUACUCGAACCCACCGGCGUUCGGUAGCCGCAUCGUGAACUUGGUGCUGAACGAUGCCACCUUGAGGGCCGAAUGGAUGGAAUGCAUCCAGACGAUGAGUUCGCGAAUUAUCACCAUGCGGAAGGCACUCUACGACGAAUUGGUGGCCCUGAAGACCCCCGGAACUUGGGAACACAUCACCCAGCAGAUCGGAAUGUUUUCGUACACUGGACUCAAUGAGAAACAGGUGGACAUCCUCAUCAAGGAGUUCAGCAUCUACCUGCUGAAGACCGGCCGAAUCAGCAUGUGCGGCUUGACCGAGAACAACGUUAAAUACGUGGCGAAGGCGAUCCAUGAGGCGGUUACGCGCGCGUCUUCCAAAAUCUAGAUUUAAGAGCAUCGCUAGCACCCUCUUAUAGCAAGUCUAUUGUUCGUAGAACGAUUGUUUGUUGUUUCCUUAUCAAUUGUGUGUGAUUGUGCGCGCCAUCUGCAAAAAAGGGCAGCGCUUGUUCGAUUCUAGAUACACGUUUUCGUCCCCCAAAUCCUUCAGGUCUAGCUUGAGGCACGGGACACCAAAAGCAUUUAUUUCGUUAUUAUUCAGUGCAAUCGGUUCGAAAAAAUAUUACAUUUUGCAAUCAAGUUUACACCAAUAUACUCAAGUCCUCCACUAGAAAGCCCGCAACCGGAAGUGACCAAACAAAUCCAUAAGCAAAGCAUGUACAAAUUUUUCUAUAAAUUCUGGAAGAUUAACAAACAACGGUAGCAUUGACAUUUUGAUAAUCAAAGUUUUUCUACGCAGCGAAAAUAAGAAAAAAAAAAUCAAACUAUUACACGGCAUCGAUAUGUAUUCCAGCAUUUACGUAAUGGCACUAGAAUGAGCAUUUAGAUAAAGCAAAUAUAUACGGUGGUUAUUAAUCAAAAAUAAAACAGCUCAAAGAGAUUA